AUGGGAGCUCUUUUGGCUGCUCCGGCCUGCGCAGCUUCGAUGGCAUGUUGUUUUGGCAGCGCAGCAUGUUCACUUUGCUGCUCAGUUUGUCCCACAACAAGAAAUUCGACUACAACUCGUAUCAUGUACGCAUUGAUGCUUUUUGUGGGGACCUUCGUUGCUUGUAUCAUGCUAGCGCCAGGAAUACAGGAGAAAUUGGCAGCGGAUAAUUGGUUUUGUCAAGGGUUAAGCGAAUAUGCUGGGUUGAAUUGCGCACGAGCAACUGGUUUCCAAGCUGUUUAUCGAAUGUGUGCAGCGAUGGCUUCUUUCUUCUUUAUCUUCAUGUUACUGAUGUUCGGGGUGAAGUCUUCCAAGGAUGCUAGAGCCUCCAUCCAGAAUGGAUUUUGGUUCUUCAAGUACCUUCUGCUCAUCGGCCUCACCAUUGGAUUUUUCUUCAUUCGCAGUGAGAAUUUGUCAACACCUCUGAUGUGGUUUGGUAUGAUUGGUGGGUUCCUUUUCAUACUUAUCCAGCUGAUCCUGAUUGUCGACUUUGCGCAUGGCCUAGCUGAAAGCUGGGUAGAUUCGUACGAGGAGAGCGAGUCACGCUGGUGUUACGCAGGUCUUCUUACUUUCACAUUUGGUUGCUUCGCCGCUGCUUUGAUUGGAAUUAUCUUGAUGUUCAUCUUCUACACUACUGGAGCCACAUGUGCAUUGCCAAAGUUUUUCAUAUCGUUCAAUAUGAUUCUUUGUGUUGGGGUCAGUGUUCUUUCCAUCAUGCCGUUCGUGCAAGAGAGAAUGCCUCGUUCUGGACUCCUUCAAUCCUCGUUUAUAACUAUCUACGUCAUGUACCUCACUUGGGCUGUUUUGAUCAACAAUCCAGAUAAGCCUUGCAAUCCUUCUCUCAUCAGUAUUUUCACUAAUACUACUCGACCUGGAGACAAAGACGAGCAUUCAUAUGGAACACCUGUACCUGCACAAUCGAUUGUUUCGCUGGUGAUUUGGUUCCUUUGCCUGUUGUACGCUUCUAUUCGUACCUCUUCGAACUCGUCGCUCGGUAAAAUUACUGGAGGAGGGGAACACAUUCAACUCAAUGACGAAGAAUCUGGAUCGAGCAGUUCACGUCGCGUUUGGGACAACGAAACGGAGGGAGUGGCAUACUCAUAUUCGUUCUUCCACUUCAUGUUUGGAUUGGCGUCACUGUACGUAAUGAUGACGUUGACUAGUUGGUACAACCCAGACAAUGACCUCACACACCUGAACAGCAAUAUGGCGUCUGUAUGGGUGAAGAUAGUUUCUUCUUGGCUUUGUUUAGCGCUUUAUGGCUGGACAUUAGUGGCUCCUGCAUUAUUCCCAGACAGGGAGUUCUAA